AUGUUUGCUGAUGUUCCUCCUCUACCUACAUGUACGGAAUCAUAUGCCUUCCAGGUGGCUGGUCAUUCUCGAGAAAAUGCAAGUAGUUUCGAAAUACUUCGAGAUAAAUCUAAACCAAUCAUUUACAAGUCAUUACAAGAUCGUGAAAGAGGUAUGCGUGAAGUGAUGUUUUACCAAAGUGUGUUUUCUGCGGAUGCUUCGGAAGCACUCAAACGUCUUCGUCAAUUUAUUCCAACUUAUUAUGGAGUUUUUCAAUGCCCAGGAACUAAAGCUUACUACAUGGCUUUAUCUGAUCUGGUGGCCGAUUUCAAACAACCAAAUAUAUGCGAUUUUAAAAUGGGUACAGUCAUUAAUUAUCCAGAAGACACAAUCCCAGACGAUCAAUUUCAAUAUACUUGGCGUCGUGAAUUAGGUAUUAUGUUAGCUGGUAUUCAGAUUUCUGAUUCAGUGAAUCACUGUUUAAUCAAGUUGAAUAAAGCAUUUGGACGCACUUUAACUCCAGAACAAGUUUAUUCACUUUGUGUAAAACCAUUUCUAGGUGCAGAUCCUACCUAUAGUAUUAAACUUGCUCAAAAUUAUAUCAUACAACUUAGUCGUAUUUUAAAUUGGUAUGUCGAAUAUGGUGCGAAAGAGCUCACAUUCUGUCGUUCCUCACUUUUAUUGAUUCAUGAAUCAUUGGCGAAUGACAACAGUAAUAAUGACCAUUGUCUUUCUGAAUCAUGUUCCUCAUCAUCUUCUAUAUCACCAUCCACCACAACAACAGUAGACAGUCAGUCAGUCAAUAGUUCAAAUGAUAUUAUCAACUCCGAUAUUACUAUUUCUUCGAAUGGAGGCAAUAUUAGUAACACUAGUAGUGGCAGUAGUGGUAAUAAUACUGCACAUACAGAGGUUUAUUUAAUUGAUUUUGUGCGUUGGAAAGCUAAAUCAUCUACUGAUGUCAAUGAUAAUGGUGGUUGUAGUAAGGAUUGUUGGAGUUGUGAACUAACUGACGGUUUUCGGCAUGGAUUGGAAACAUUGAUCGGGUUAAUGCAACGCGUGGUUAAUACAGAAAAUUCAGCUGAAAUAUAACAGUGUUGAUUAACUUUAUCAUCAUUACUAUUAUAUACAGAUUGGUAUUUUUUUAACUUUCUGAAAUUGAUCUACAUCUACACAUAUAUAUGCACUCAUCAGCGUUAAAUGUACUCGCUUAUGAUUGGACACUGUGACUUACUCAUUAACCCUCCUUCUUCUCUCUCUUUCUGUUGCUUUGAAUCCCGCUUUAGUUGUGUUUGUCUCGUAUGAUUAUUCCUAUUUACUGUUUACUACGUUGGUGUGUAUUUCCCGUAGAAGCAAAUGAUUUCUGCAUUUUGAGGUUUUAGAUUUAUCCCUUUACUUAAUGAUUUUAAUUUUAUUUUCAAUAUGUAUGCAUACACCUAUUUGAUAUUGUCUAUUUUUUGAAGUGUUUACCAAUUAAUGGUUGACCAGUAAACG